AUCAACUCAUCUCAUAACGAUAUACUUUAAAAACACCUUGACAGUCGAACUGGAUGCCCACUUGAAUUAGAUUUAUAACUUCUUUUCACUUUUUUAUAUCGUUCUAACUCUGAUAUUUCAUCUUACAUAUCAACUUCUCAUCUAAAUCUGAUCGACUUCUUGAUCAUCAGGAAUCCUUCAGAAUUCAUACUAUUUCACCACUGAAAAGGUUUAGAAUUACAUACAUAAGAUUACAUACAGACAUAGCUUGCUGUUUACCUUUUGAUUGCAUCCUCAUCGUCCAUCAUGAAACCUGUACCUUCAACAAAUGGUAAAGUUGAUGAUAAAGUUGAACACCAUAACUUGUCAUCUUCAUCAUCAUCAUCAUCCUCAUCAUCAUCUUCAGAUACCAAAUUCAACAUCUCGAAUCGAUAUGGUAACUUCUUACAACGUCUUGAAGCUCUCGAUAUUUGGCCGGAAUCCAAUGAACAGAUCUUACUCGAACCUUACACAUACCUUACUAACAUCCCUGGAAAAGAAAUUCGCUCAAUGAUGAUCGAUGCAUUCAAUCAUUGGCUUCAAGUCCCCCGACCUGCACUCGAGAUCAUAAAGAAGAUCGUUGGGCAGCUUCAUACCGCUAGUCUUCUUAUGGAUGAUGUCGAAGAUGAUUCCGAUCUCAGAAGAGGCGUUCCAGUGACCCAUAAGAUUUAUGGCAUACCACAAACUAUCAAUACAGCCAACUAUGUGUACUUCUUGGCCUAUCAGGAACUUACAAAAUUGAAACCGUGUCUUAGGUCUGACGCGACGACCGAUCUUUGGAGCCUUGUUAACGAUGAAUUACUUCAACUUCACCGUGGACAAGGUAUGGAUUUGUAUUGGAGAGACUCGUUGACAUGUCCUACUGAAGAGGAGUAUCUUCAGAUGGUCAACAACAAAACCGGGGGACUCUUUCGGAUCGCUAUCAAGUUGAUGAUCGCUCUUUCACCGAUACCUGAGACCCCUGAUUACUUACCAUUGGUGAAUCUCGUUGGGAUCAUCUUUCAAAUCAGAGAUGAUCUUUUAAACCUUUCCUCUGUUGUGGGUUACACGAAAAACAAAGGGUUCUGUGAGGAUCUCACCGAAGGGAAAUUCAGUUUUCCAAUUGUACAUUCGAUUAGGUCUGAUAGUACGAAUCAUCAAUUGAUGAAUAUCUUACGGCAAAAACCAACGGACAUUGGUACCAAAGCCUUUGCAGUCUCAUAUAUGAAAGAUCGAACCAAAUCAUUAGAAUAUACUCGUGGAGUAUUGAUAUGUCUUGAAGAACAAGCAAUAGAAGAAGUCACUAGAUUAGGUGGUAAUCCAGCUUUAGAGUCUAUCUUUGAACUUAUGCAUGUUCUACCUUCACCACCUGCAACAGAUCAAAAUUGA